GAUGAAUCUCUUUCAGAAGGGUACAAUUUGACUACCUUUAACUUGUUAUGUAUGAAGUACUAUACCUUCUAACUCACAUAGUUAUCCAUGUGCUAGGGAAUAUCUUGUACGGAUGAAACUGCACUACGUGGAAGCACAAUCUGCCACGCGGAAGGAAUUGUGGUCCUUGAAACCAUAUCAGUGGAUAUCCUCGUGUAUUAUAAAUCUCAUUGUUGUGAAAUUGACAAAUAAACAAAGGAAAAAGUUUCCAAAUAAGGAUCACAAGGUUUGGUACUUUCCGACCCAUGUAUCGCAAAAGAUUUUGUGUCAACCUUCUGAUGACACAAUGAAAGAUAUAGUAGAAGAUUAUUUUGGAAUUUACAGAUACACUGGCCCCCUUCACGCUUGUGAGGAGAUUUACAUGCCCUUCAACCAUAGGGAAAACCACUGGUUGUGCUUGAAUGUAAACAUGGAAAAACGGGUUGCCUAUCUAUUCGACUCCAGCAGAUGUAUUGACACCGAUGAGGAUCGAAAAAAUCAAGCUACAUUAUUGGUACAAUCAUUGCAUAAGCUGCUUCAAUAUGCGCAUGGAGAAGAUUACGUUCAAGAUGUUAGUUCGUUUGCAUUUCAAUGGUUGGAAGACAUGCCACGCCAAGACAACAACUAUGAUUGUGGUCUUUUCGUCAUCAAAUAUAUGCAAGGGAAACCUUUGCCUUCGGGUGUAAUCAAGUUUGACUAUUUGCAUAGGGCUCGCUUGUUACUUGAUCUUGUGAUAUACAAGCAUAAUUCAGCUCCUAUUGUUGGUGAUAUCGCGCAAUAUAAAGCUU